UUCAGUGAUUGCAUUGCCGUCACCUUUUUCAUUUCCAUACAUAGUGUAACAGUCCUUAUACAAAUAAUAAUUCCGGAGUAUCUACCGGUAGAAGAAUCUGGUAGAAGAUUGAAAACUUUUCUACAUACAUGUACCCGAAAAUCCUUAUCUAUUAUUAUACUUACAUUGAAGUAAUAGGUUUAUUAUUAUUUAUUUUAAGAUUUAAAGUAAUCAAUUUAUAAUUCAACAACAAAUGAUUUGCAUUAUUUGAAUUCUUAUUGAUAAAAAAAAAAAAGAGAUAAAUAUAGCCGAUAAAAUUUAUAUUAUAUCUCAAAUCAUAAAUCCUUUCAUUUUCAAUAGGCAAUUAUGGAUAGCAUUGUCCUUUAAUUUCCAUGGAUAUAUUGGGAUAAUGAUGUGCUGACAAACCUACAACCCCAAAACCAUGUCCGAUAUCCAUCGUCCCUCAUUUCCCCUUCUAUUUUCCAUUUGAUUUCAUCUUCGUUUCCUUCAACCAAUUCCCUUUCUUUCCUUAUCUUCUUUUCCUUUAGUAUGUAAAAGCUUGAACCAAAGUGAAUCAAAUAAGUUCCUUUUCUUGGCUUCUACAGCUUUUUCUCACUAUAUCCUUGAAACCCAGUAUUCUUUGUGCUGUUGGAGAGCAAAUUUUAAGCUAACAUGAAAGAAAGAAAAAGAAAAACACGAGGCACUACACGCAUGCACGGAUUUUGCCUGAUAUGGUUUAGGCAUCCAUUGGAAACUUGAAUUACAACCCUGAAUCAACUUUAGCAAUAGCAAAAGUCUAGCACCUGGAUUGUUUGAAAUGCUCAUUAAAAUGCCUUUUGAAAGAAAGAAAAGAAUAUGACGAGUCAAGAUUUCUUAGGAUUCUAUGCUUAAAGUAUAUGCCUCAACCCCUAGAGAAGGCAGUUGGAACAAAACUCAGCAAUCAAGGUAAAAGAUCUAACAAGAUAAUCAGUUUCAAAAUUGAUGGUAAUAACUUGAGUUUGGGUUUUCGGCAACUGUAUCAACUUUAGGCAUCCAUUGGAAACUUGAAUUACAACCCUGAAUCAACUUUAGCAAUAGCAAAAGUCUAGCAUCUGGAUUGUUUGAAAUGCUCAUUAAAAUGCCUUUUGAAAGAAAGAAAAGAAUAUGAUGAGUCAAGAUUUCUUAGGAAUCUAUGCUUAAAGUAUAUGCCUCAACCCCUAGAGAAGGCAAUUGGAACAAAACUCAGCCAUCAAGGGUGUGGGUUAUCUAUUUACUGUAGGAAGGGAGAAGAAUAAAAGUUUAGUAUGGAGGUCAUUGGUGAUCUGCCAAGAGAAUUGUUCCUCGAAAUCCUCUUACGGUUGCCAGUAGAAUCUUUGAUGCGGUGUAAGUGUGUUUGCAAAUACUGGUACGCUCUCAUUAGCAAUCCUAAAUUCAUUGAAUUGCACCUUAAGUACAACUGCAACAACAAUGUAUGCGUCCUUCUCAAGCGCUGCCUGCUGACAUGCUUAGGAGAGAGAGAAAACAUGUUGUCGUUGGUCUGCAGCAGUGGUUUUUCUUUCAUAAAUUUAGAUGUGGAUUUGUCUCUGUAUAAGAAGGAACCAUGCUUACAGCUUUUAGGUCAUUGCGAUGGAAUUAUUUGCCUAUCGAAUUACAGAGAUGAUAUAGUUCUAUGUAACCCUGCAACUAGGGAGUCCAUGGUCCUCCCCGAAUCUUGUCUCCCUUGUUAUUCGUCAAUCUCAAACUUGAUCCCGCAAACCAGUGCAUUGGGAUUUGGUUAUGAUGCUAGAACUCAUCACUGCAAAGUUGUUAGGAUUGUUUCGUACUGGGAGGAGCGAAGCGGGAGUGGCUUACCCCACCAUUCCAGGGUAGAAGUAUACUCUUUGGCAACUGGUUCUUGGAAAGAACUCAAUGUUAAGGUCCCUGCUCAUGUCUGGUAUUCUCCAUGUUUCGAGACAUACUUCAAUGGAGCGUUUCAUUGGUAUGCUAUUGAUGAUAACAGAAAUGAGGUCAUCCUUUCAUUCCACAUGGGAAAUGAAGAGUUCCAAGUAAUACCAAUGCCAACUGCCCUCUCCUUGUAUGAUUAUGCAAUGUGCAGGAGCCUUUUUGUGUGGAAUGGACGCAUUGCUCUAGUAAUCUAUCCGAGAAAGGCGAUUGAAAAAUCGUUUCAGAUAUACGUGAUGAAGGAAUACGGAGUGAGGGAAUCCUGGACAAAGAUAUUGACAAUUGGACCUCUUACAAAAGUGGAAAUGCCUUUGGCUUUUUGGAAAAAUGAUGAGAUUCUCAUGGAAGGCUCUGACGGUCUGGUUGUUUCUUACAACCUUAAGACCCAAGAACUCAAGGAUCUUCCGAUUUAUGGGGUUCCGAAGUCAUUCGCAACUCUUGUAUACAUAAACAGCCUUGUUUCAGUCAAAGGAGGAAAUCGAAUGCUUGAUGGAGAUAAUAGAGAUUUUGAUUGGUGAAACAUCUGCCUCCGGACCUGCAUAACCUUCAUCAGUUUAAAAGAUGAUGAACACGGGGCGAUGAAGAUCAAUAAAUAAAUAAAACCAAAAAAGGAAAAGGAGAGAAAUUAUUAUCAAUAUAUUUGUGUAUAUAUUACAGUAUUAUAUGAUAAAUGUACAAAAGGUUGCUGUUGUAAAUAUUGGUUUAUCAGAAGCUUUGUGCUUGUAAAAUAAAGAUUUUAAGAUCAAUAAAGGGUGAUUUCUGGAA